AUGACACCUUAUGAAGCUUUAUAUGGAAGGAAGUGCAGAUCACCAAUUGGCUGGUUUGAAGUAGGCGAAAUUGCUUUAUUUGGACCAGACCUUGUUCUUCAAGCUAUGGAAAAAUUUAAGGUCAUACAACAACGGCUAGCAACAGCUCAAAGACGACACAAAUCAUAUGCAAACGUUAGAAGAAGAGGAUUGGAGUUUUCUAUAGGAGAUUGGGUGUUCUUGAAAGUAUCCAAUGAAAGGGAGCUACCUCAGGAGCUUUCAACAGUUCAUUCGGUGUUUCAUGUCUCAAUGCUUCGGAAGUGCGUAGGUGACCCAUCCUGUAUCACUCCUAUUGAAGAUGUACAAGGUACAUGUGAUCUCACCUAUGAAGAAGUACCUAUUACUAUUCUGGAUCGUCAGGUUAAAAAGAUAAGGAAUAAAGAAAUGGCUUCAGUAAAGGUACAGGAGCUAGUAGAUCUCUCCAGUAGGAGAACAGGACAUCCAGGGGCUAUUGGUGAGCUCCAGGUUGAUUCGGGGCUUUUCAAGUCUAUAGCAUGUAUUUUGGUAUUGUAUAGUAGCUGA